AUGGAAGAGGAUGUAGAAGUGCCAGGGAGUUUGACGCCACAGAUCCAUGCGGUCCGCCAAUAUCCGAGCUUUUCGUGCUCGCUACGCGAUUUCCGUCUGCCAACGGCAUCGAUGGAGACAGACGUGCCGCGCACACCCGAGACACGCACAGCAGUCCGGCGGCCUGCGGUGCGUCGAAUGCCCCCAGUCCUUCGCGACAAAAAUAAGAUGCGAGUCGCUGAGCUCCUGAGUGAGGAGCAAUGCCCGUGCGCAUUUGAAGUGGCAUCCGAGGCUCGUCUUCAGCGCUACCUGAUGGGUCAAACCUCACCACAGGACCAUGUAUCUCGCCGGGCCCGACGCUCUCGGAUGGCCAUGGAGUCAGGGUCGACAGCGGCAGCAGCGGCGGCGGCGUCAGCGACAACUGCUGCCACUACUACCGCGAUGUCGGAGAGCAUUCCCUCGUUGGCUGCCGCUGCCACACAGUCGCGUGAUGCUCGAAUGGCCAGUGCUUUUGGCACUAUCACACAUCACAUAUCACCUAUGCGCCCUGACACAGAUAUGUUGUGCGAUAUGGACAAUUCAUUGUCGGCGCCGGCCCCUGUGCCUUGCAUGUUUUCGACAGCAUCAAAUAUCGGCACACAGGACAUGUAUGAGGAUGAUGACAAGGAUUUCGACGACGACGACGAUGAUGAUGAUGAUGAUGAUGAUGAUGACGACGACAACGAUGACGAUGACGACGACAACGGCGGCGGCGGCGGCGGCGGUGCAACUACCGCCACUAACCAAGAAGGAAUCACAAGCGCUGUUGGCCAUUUUGCGCUCGAGUCCCAUCCUAGGCCUGCGGUUGAUGGCAUGUUUCCCCAACCCAUUGCCUCGGACAUGGCCGUGCCUGAGGAUUCCAUGUUUCCGCCGUCUUCCGUACCCGACAGCCCAUGGCCAGUCGUGCCGUCAAGUCCAAGAAUUACCGGCAUAAAGCGCAAGCACGAAGAGGAUCCUGGGUCAACCUAUGCACGACGACCCGCACCGUUACCACCGUGGCUCCUUAUGAGCAAUGCCAACUCACCGCGACGGCCGAUAUGGACGGCACCGGGGGGUACAGUGUCACCCUCCUCGUCGCCAUUGGCAUUCGGAAUGGGACAUUCUCAACGCCGCACACCUACACCUCUUCCAAGCAUGCCGCCUUUGUUUUCCUUUCCACCUUUGUCACGCGACGAGCCAAUGACGCGCCCGUCGUCACCUACACUAUCUGCAUGGAAACCACUUGCUCGUUCGCCUGGCACUGGCUCAGGGCCGGGGUACGGCAGUGGCGCUAUCGGCUUGCGUCUGGGAUCACGCGUCGCGUGGGAUGCUUCUCACCUACAAGAUCACACCGAAGGUCAUGAUAUGGAUGAGGGCGUGCGUAUGAUGGGACUUUCAUAG